AUGAGAGGGGCACUUUGGUACUUAAAUGGAAUCGUUAUUCUUCUUGUAAUUGGUGGCCUACCACAUAAAUUAUGCCAAACUAUUGCAAACGAACCUGUUGAGUUUGAGGAUUCCUCAGUUCAUCAUGGCAAUAUUUUGACUCCUUUGCUGAAGGCAUUGUCAGAGUACGAGCCAUGGGGAGAUUUUACUCCACGGACAAGACCUGAAUCAAGAUACGUUCGUUAUAUGAAAAGACUGUACAAGAUAUGUUCUAAGCACGAGCGAAGUCACGAGCCGACCCAUCUAUAUAACACAGUUCGUCUGAUAACGCCGCGAGAUGAGUGUCUUGAGCAAGAUAAAGGUAUGUAUAAAGAGUUUUUCAUGCAGGAUCUUUCCUACAAUCUAGAUCGAGUGAGGGCACAGGAGGAGCUGUUGAAAUCCGUCCUGCUUUACUCUUUCGAUCAAGACCAAGCAUCCUCCUUCACCUCUUUCUGUUAUCUCGUACUCAAAGAGCAGGAGCACUCUGAGGAAAAUCUUUGCCCCAGAGAUCAGCACUCUGUCAGGUUUCACGUUCAGUCUCAGAGAAAGAGUCGCCGUAAGUGGGUGGAGGUGGAUGUGACUCCUUUCCUCCUGCCUUUUGUUAAAUCCCAUAAAAAGGACAUUCACUUACUCGUUAACCUGACCUGUGCUGAUGGAGGGCACGGGAGUGGGAGUCAAAAGCGUCCCGUGGAGCUCACUCUGAGGUCUCCUUCUCUCCUGUUGUACCUCAAUGACACCAGUGAGGUUGCCUAUCAGAGGGGGCCUACCUCAGCUAAGCCGAGAAGCAUAAGGACAGACUUUGCGCUGAAGAAAUCUUUUGAGCGUCAGCCGAAAUUCAGAUGGAAAAGAGGAGUCUCGAGGAAAAAACGCAAUUCUCCGAAGGACGGAAAGCUUGAGCCAAGUCCGGAGACCGCUCUUUUGGAUCUCCUGCCGAAAAACGAUUUCCCAACAGACGACUGUGAUUUGUAUGAUUUCAGGGUGAGCUUCAGCCAGCUCAAAUUGGACCACUGGAUUAUAGCUCCCCACAAAUACAAUCCAAGGUACUGCAAAGGCUCUUGUCCAAGGCUAAUGGGUUAUAUGUAUGGCUCACCUGUACACACCAUGGUGCAGAACAUCAUUUAUGAGAAGCUAGACUCCUCUGUGCCAAGACCCUCAUGUGUCCCCUCAGAAUAUAACCCUUUAAGUGUUCUGACCAUUGAGAAUGACGGUUCCAUUGCCUACAAGGAAUAUGAAGAAAUGAUAGCUACAAAGUGCACCUGUCGAUAA